CUUUACUUGGCGUCCCCGCACUUGCCCUUUGAUCCCUGGAUUAGUGUUAGGGUUGGGGCAGAGCAGAGCGGAGCUCCGGGUAACAGCGGCACAGCCUCUCUCACACCCACACCCGGCUCACACUCGCCCUCUCACACUCACCGGGCCACGGCCAGCUCGCCAGGUGCACCGCGCCGCCGGAGCCCCAGCACCGGCUGACACACGGACACGGGCAGUGCAAGCGCUACAUGUCACUCACUCUCGGCGCACGCCACGAAUUCUCCUCGGCGGUGUUUGCGCCUCUGCAAUAACAACAACAACAACAACAACAACAAAAUGACAAUAAAGGAGAAUGUGAAGAGAAAAUGAUUUAAAAGAGAGAGAGAGGAGUUGGAGAGGAAGGAAAAUGCCCAGGAGAAAGCAGGAGCAGCCGAAGCGCCUGCCUUAUUCGCAUGGAAAUGAAGAAGCAGGAGAAGAACUGGGUGAAGAAGAAGAUUGGUUUGGAAAUGCCUCUGAAACUCCUUCCGAAGUCUCCUAUUUAGAUGUACAAGAGGACCUUAAUGUGUCACCUGGGAAAAAGCUGCAAGAACAAGAAACCUCUCCAGAUAACUCCUCAGGAUGCACAACUCCCAUUAGGAACUCACUGGAAUUGCUAAUCUCCGAAAAUGAUCAGGUUGGAGACAUCGUGGGUAAACAGGAUGUAUUGUCACCUGUCUCGUCACCAUUGUUACAUGAAAUGGGCUCCCCUGUUUUGCCUAAACCAAUAAGUAGCAAUUUGAGACGACUGCUGGAGGCUGGACCAGUCAGUGGCAGCUCUGGUCUGGGAGCUAAGGAAAAAGAGGGUUCUGCAGAUGGUCUUGUUUCGGCUUUGCCUCUGUCACCAUCUUCCCCUCAUGCACUACAGUUAAGUGUUCUUGCUAGGAAGUUAGCUGCUAAACAGGAGCAAAGUAAUAAUUUUAGUCCAAGUAACAGCUUUAUGUGGGACCAAGAUAUUUGGCUGCAGAGUUCAUCAGCUUGUAGUUUAUCACCUGCUUCAGCCACACAGAAACUUAAAGCAGCAGCAAAUGCAGUUCGCCUGGACAAAAGUCUUUCAAGGGUAGAGGAACCUAUGAGGUUUAGUCCAUACUCGUCAGCUUACAGCCCUAUUCAAAAGCAGUCAGCUAGUUCAGCACUGGCUGCUCUCUCAAAGAAAGUUAGUGAAAGAAGUCAGUCUUCUGCUCAAGAUCAGAAGCGUCCAGGAAGUUCUUUCCUUUCUCUGGCCUCAAUGACUUCAUCAGCUGCCCUCUUAAAAGAAGUUGCAGCUAGAGCUGCAGGUAAUAUGAUGGUUGAGAGAAAAGAUCAACUUAUCCCAGGAGACACCUUAAAAUCUAUGGAAGUGAAGCAAGAAAAAGUGAUUCCAUCAGCUCCAUUAGAAUUGCUGUUGGCUGCCCCCAAACAGAAAUCUCUGAAGCCUGCCAAUCAAGUUUCUGAGGAAGAGGGAGGAAAAUCCUUCCAGUGUCCCAUUUGUGGUUUGGUUAUAAAACGCAAGAGCUACUGGAAACGGCACAUGGUGAUUCACACAGGGUUAAAGAGUCACCAAUGUCCACUCUGUCCGUUCCGCUGUGCACGCAAGGACAAUCUGAAAUCACACAUGAAGGUUCAUCAGCACCAGGACAGAGGAGAAACUUUCCACUGUGAGCUUUGCCCUUUCACCUCAUCUCGCCAUUUCAGUUUAAAACUCCACAUGCGCUGUCAUCAGCACUUUCCCAGAACAGAGGUGAAGGUCAAAGAAGAGAUUACUGAAUCUGAGGUCAAAAGGCUACCUUCUCAUGAAACUGCUGAUAAGGACGAGGGAACACAACUACUUGGAAAUAAGUUAAAAAUUCAGGACCAUCUUUUGUGUGAAACCGCGGCAGAUAAUUGUAAGGAAACUGCUGUUCCACUGAAGUCAGUUAAAGAGGAACCCACUGACGAGAAUGUCAUCAGUAUGUCACUACCAGAUAGUCAUCGGUUUGGCAAAAGACCAGAAGCAAUCCAACAGGGUACUAUAAAUCCAUCGGAGCCAUCUGACUUGACAGCUACCCAGAAAGUGUUUCUCUUCAGCCAAGACAUCUCUGCAACAGAUUUUCUUAUGAAUUUAUCAGCUACAAAUCAAAAGGGGCCCUUGAUUCCAAAGAUUAAAGUGAAAGAUGAGCCUAAAGAGAGGACAACACCUGAUCCUAUUCAGUCACCACGAUCAGGUAAUUUUAUUGGGAAUGAGACCCCGGCGAAGAUGUUAUCCGAAGUUCCUCCUGCUUCAGAGCUGUUCAACCAGGACAUGUCUUGUAAGGUGGCAUCAGAACUCCUGUUUAAACUAUCAGCUGAAAAUAAAAAGGAACAGGGAACACAAGCCGUAAUAAUAAAAGAGGAGCCAAUGGAACUGGAAAUACCCGAUCCCACGUUGUCACGACUUCCUAAUCUUUCAUUUAAUUGCAAGGCAGUAAAAAGUGAACGGUCGCAGAAUUCACCUGAAGUUGUACCUCUCACAGAAAUUAAGCUUUUCACUCAAGACAUAUCAGUGAAGAUGGCAUCAGAGCUUCUUUAUCAACUCUCAGACACAACACAGAAAGUGGUCCCAUGGAAUAAGGGAGAAAUUAAAGAAAAAGUAAGCAAAGCACAAGAACAAGGAAAGGAAGCUUCAGAGUUGAGUAGUAGCAAUUCUUCAUGUGAAGAGGUAUUUAGACAAUCACCAUUUGCUUCAAACUUGAGAGAUUCUUUAUCUAAUCUCCAUGCAAGACCAUCAUCACAAGAAUCAGGAAAAUUACCAACUGAGUCGGGGACUGUAAAUCCGCCAUGGAAAUUCUGUGAGCAAGUUUUUCCCUGUAAGGUUUGUGGGAAAGUUUUUGGUCGACAGCAAACGUUGUCACGACAUCUUUCUUUGCACACAGAAGAAAGAAGGUACAAGUGUCAUUUGUGUCCGUAUGCUGCCAAGUGCCGAGCAAACUUAAACCAGCAUUUGACAAUCCAUUCAGUGAAGUUAGUGAGUGGAGAUUCUGAGGAAAUAGCUACUGCUGUAACCUCAAACAGUUGUGAUCGUAAGAACAGCCCCUAUUACUACAGCUGUCAUGUUUGUGGAUUUGAGACCGAGGUGAAUCUGCAGUUUGUCAGCCACAUGUCAUUACAUGUAGAUAAGGAGCAGUGGAUGUUUUCAUUGUGCUGCAAUACUUGCAACUUUUCCUGCAUGGAUGAAACAGAAAUGAAAGCACACAUACAUGCAACACAUGCAGAUGAUAAAGUCCAAACAUCCUCUUGUCAUAGCCCCUCCAGUGAAUCCAAGGCAGCUACCACAUUCUCUUCUUCAUCAUCAUCGUCCUCAUCAUCGUUGUCUUCAUCUUCAGCACUUUGCGAUGCUGUCAUUGAAUCUGAAACCCCCCACUCGGACGUGACCACUGAAGAGCAAAGCUCUUCCUUCAACCCUCCAGUGGCACUCAGUGGGUCAUCUACAUCAGGAUCUGAAGAAAAAAAUGAUAAAGGUUUUGAGUGCAUCUUCUGUAACUUUGUGUGUAAAACAAAGAUGAUGUAUGAACGACAUCUGCAGAUCCACCUCAUCACCAGGAUGUAUGAAUGUGACAUCUGUCACAAGUUUUUGAAAACAUCUGAGCAGCUUUUGGAACACAAAAAAUGCCAUAAUGUUUCCACCGGAGGACUCAAGUGCCCAUUUUGCGUUUACGCCACAAACCGUCCUUCAGCCAUGGAAUGCCAUUUAAGGACCCACUACAAAAUGGAAUUCAAGUGUCGAAUCUGUCAGGUGGUUAAAGCAAACCAGCUGGAGCUGGAGAUUCAUAUCCGUGAACAUCGCCUUGGCAAUCAUUAUAAAUGUGAUCAAUGCGGUUAUCUCUCCAAGACAGCCAAUAAGCUUAUCGAGCAUGUGCGUGUCCACACAGGAGAGCGUCCUUUCCAUUGUGACCAGUGCAGUUACAGCUGCAAGCGCAAAGACAAUCUAAAUCUGCACAAAAAGUUGAAGCACUCUCCCAGGCAGACUCUAUGCUGUGAAGAAUGCUUCUUUACAACCACACAUCCAUUUGUCUUCAGCCGGCACGUAAAGAAACAUCAAAAUGGCGAAUAUUUGGAAGGAGAAAAGAAGGUCCAACCUGUGCCUGGGAAAGAAAGUAACUCUGUAUUAAACAGGGGCAGUCCUAGGAAGCUCCUUUCACCACUUUCAGUUAUGUCAGCAUCACAGGCUUUGCAAUCUGUUGCACUGUCAGUGACUGGCAAGAAUGGAAUUUCAGCGGGAUCAUUUGGCUUAUUUGGCUUGAAUGGCAUUUCUGCACAUCUCAGUAAAUACAGGAACUGUGAUCUCACCCACCUUAUUCCACUGACUACACUUUUUCCACAAAACAAAUGUGAAACUACAUUCCAUUCGUCACAGCAGCAGACUGCACCCGCAGAUACUGUUUCACCCAAAAACUCGUUCCUAGCCUACCUUGGCUUAACUGAACAGACAAACCCCGUUUAGGUUUUAGCCACAGAGCAAAUCGUGGUCAUUGCUGCAAUAUAAGAUUUUUUUUCAGAAAUGUUUAUUAUUGUAGAAGAGUAGAAUGCGUAGAAGUGGCUGUAAAUGCUUCUUGUAUUCCUAUAAGUGCUGCUUGAAUUAUAUAUAAAUACUUAUAUGUCCAUAUUUGUAUGGAAGCCCAAGUAAUGGAAAGGGAUAGUUGAACUCUGGGCUGAAAAACGCCCAGUCUAAAAAAAAGGAGAAGUUAUGUGAUGAGGCAGAAUUUUGCACAAUGCUUAGUCUUGCACAUUUUUGCGUUACUUAAAGUAGUAUCAUUUUCUACCUAGUGUUACUAAUUUCAGAACAGCAGUGUGUUGAUUAAAUUUGAUCAGCGUGAUGAUAGUGAUCGGCCCCCAUUAAUUUUAGUGAAACCAUUGGCACUUUUUGAAAGAUGCAUGGCAUUGCUGAGUUUUCAGCAUUUUUCAUCUUCAAGCUUUGGACUGGCACAUUGACAUUUUUGCAUUCAAUGCAGUAGAAAUGAUCCCUGCACUAUGGAGUUCAUCCUCAAUCACACAACUGAGUUCCAGUAUUUUGUUUUUUUUUCAAAAUGCAACAUUGUUGUUUUCAGUAUUUUGAACCGUGUAGAUUGUGUGUGGGUGUGUGCGUGCGUGUGUGUGUGUGUGUGUGUGUACUAAUAUAUAAUAAUAUAUAUUUAUAUAUAUUAUUGUGUGUAUGUACAUAAUAUAUAUUUAUAUAUUUUGCUUUGAUUAUGCUUUGCUGCAUUUAAAAAAAAGCUGUUAAAAGGCUGUUUGUGACAGUGAUUGGCACUUAGAUUUUUUGCUCUAUUUCCUGUUCAGUUGCAUUACUAAGUGUAACCUGCAGUAUAUUCAAAAUAAAUCUGCAUUAUUUUGGUUUCCUAGUACUUAGUUUUGAUCCUGCCAGGGUGCCAGUUGUAUAUUUUCCUUUUUGUUCCUCUUGAAUCAUAUGGUUGAAUUAAUGCUGCUGAGUCUGUUAAAUUUCUUGGCAGACACGAUCUGUGAUGGGGAGAAUGAUGAUUUCCUACCUUCUGCCUGCAUAUUUGACAUCAUUCGUGCAUCAAAAUGGCAUCCAGAUUUCUUCACAGAAACAUUACCUUUGCUUUCAGUUAGUGCUACUCUUUGUGGCCAAACCCUGUUCAACUGGUGAAUUCUGAAAGUUAUAAACUGCUUUCCCUUCGUUCUACAUAAUUUGUGGCAAUGCUUUGUAUAAUUGAUAUUUUGAAUGUGGUGAAAAUUGAGGAAGGAAAAACGGUUCAUUCCAGAAGAAUAAUAUCUAAUGUAGAAAUAGUUUUGUUCCAAGUAGAAAUGAUUUGUACAUGACUUAUGGUAUGAACAAUUUUAAACUGCCUUUUACUUGUAGGUAGUAUCAAACACAGCAGACUAAUAUUAGCUUUCUGAAUGUUAUAAGACUUAUUUGUCUGCUUUUAAAUUCCUGCACUUUGAUCUAUUUCAGACUGAGCUACCCAGCCUCCAUUGAUAACUAUAAUUCAGAUUGCAUUGAAUAUGGCACCAAAAAAGUAAUUGCUAUCAGAAAAUAAAUAAUACAACUAUUUCAAAUAUUUCUUUGAAAUAAAUUCCUACCUAUUAUGACCUGUUAUGGGUCAAUAACUUGUGACUUCUGUGUAUCAAAGAUUCUGAUUUGUGUAGCCACAGUUUAUUCUUCUUUAUUCUUCUAACUUACAAUAAAACA